AUGGCGCCGUCCAUAACAUAUGUGGCUGCGGCAAUUACGUGUCUCAAACUUUUGUUAAUACCUUCCUAUAGAUCAACAGAUUUUGAAGUCCACAGAAACUGGUUAGCAAUUACACACAGUUUACCCAUCAAGAAAUGGUAUUAUGAGGAUACUUCGAUUUGGACAUUGGAUUACCCUCCAUUAUUUGCCUGGUUUGAAUUUGGUCUUUCUCAAAUUGCCCAGUUCUUUGAUCCACAGAUGCUGGUGAUCCGUAAAGAUCCAUACGCAUCUUUGGCAACGAUAUACUUCCAACGUCUGUCUGUAAUUUUUUCUGACUUUCUUCUUAUCUAUGCUGCUCAUGAGCUCUGCACCAAAGUAUUACGUCAUCAUGGUAGGACAAAUGAAGCAAAUAUAUUCUACAACCGAAAUUUCAUCAUGACAAUCAUGCUCAUAAGCAACUUUGGACUUUUAAUAGUUGACCAUAUUCAUUUUCAGUACAAUGGUUUCUUAUUUGGCCUUUUAUUGUUAUCUGUGGUGCGAAUAUGCCAGGGCAAAAAUCUUCAAGGUGCCUUUUGGUUUGCUGUAUUGUUAAACUUUAAACAUAUCUUUCUGUAUAUUUCACCGGCAUAUUUCGUCUACCUGCUCAGAUGCUAUUGUUUUAAAUCUACUUUUGACACAAAGAUUUCCUGGCGUUCUUUUUCCUUCCGUAGAUUUAUUAGUCUUGGACUUGUUGUUUUGAGUGUGUUUGCAAUAUCAUUUGGACCUUUUAUUUACCUGAAGCAAAUCCCCCAAAUUCUAUCCAGACUUUUUCCAUUCAAACGAGGUCUUUGCCAUGCUUAUUGGGCACCCAAUUUCUGGGCAAUUUAUAAUGUUAUUGACAAAGCUGCUGUUAUUAUUGGUUUACGAACUGGCUUACUGGAUGCUCACAUGAUUGGAGGGUCGACAAUGACAGGGGGUCUAGUCCAAGAGUUCCGACAUACAGUACUGCCUUCAGUCAAACCACACAUUACUCUCCUCUUAACAAUCAUCUCCAUUUUGCCAAUUUUGAUGAAAAUCUGGAGUAAUCCCCAAGGAAUCCAGAGUUUUCUCCAAGGAAUCAUCCUUUGUGCCUUUGGAUCAUUCUUAUUUGGUUGGCAUGUCCAUGAAAAAGCUGUCCUCAUGAUUUUGAUUCCAUUCAGCUUGUUGGUACUAGAAAGUAAACGUGAUGCUGGUCUCUUCCUGAUAAUGUCGACUGUUGGAAACUACUCUCUCUUCCCGUUACUGUUUACACAAAAAGAAACACCAAUCAAAAUAUGUGCCAUGCUGUUAUAUACUUUAUAUCUGUUUAUGGCUUUGUCAAGAUUCCAUGGUGUCCGAUCCAAGUUUUAUCAGCUCCCUCUGUUGUCGAUUCCUGAAAGCCUUUACCUUAUGGGUCUUGUGCCUGUAGAAUUUUUCAACAGUCUCUUGAGUCCAAUGUUAGGAUUGGAUGUCAGGUUACCAUUCUUAUCCCUCAUGUUAACUUCUGUCUAUUGCAGCCUGGGACUUAUCUAUUCAUGGUUCAAGUUUUAUUAUCACAUUCUACUGGACAAUAGUGCUGUCAAAAAAGACAAACAAAAAAAACAUUAA